CAAGAUCGGAUGUCUCCCUAAGACGAGGCGCUCGAUGGAGGCAAACUCCAGUGGCUGGAUUGACGUUAGAUAGUGAACUCAGCUCCCCCAAAUUGUCUCAUGCAUGAUGGAAAUAGAUAAGAUCCUAGAAACUCAUCUUUACCUGUACAACCAGGUGUGUUCAGAGCGAAGACAGCUGGAAGCAGAAUGUGCUAGAUACAGACGUCUUCUCAAGCCCUGGCAUUUUUCACCAGUAGCCUCCCAGGGUGAAGUGCUCAAAGAGUCUGAAGCUGAAAAAAAAGGACCUCUCCUGAUUGUAGGAGCAGACCAGCGUGACGAGAAGGAGUUGAAGCUGAUCGAUAAUGUCCUGGCCAAAGCUGAGAAGACAUGGAACAGACAUUCCAAGGUCUCAACAGAGGAAACAAAUGAAAAUGCUUUACAGGAGCUGAGAGGCAAUAUAGCUGGAGGUGACAGUCAGCGUGGUUCUGAGUGUACCGUCAACAAUACACCUGCCAGUAGGAGGGGUCAUAUUAAAGACAGGAUUAAUCAGUCUCUGUCAAAGUCAGACCGUAGGAAUGUAUCCACAAAGUUGAGCCAAGUAGGAGUAAUUUCACAAUCAAAACUAAAUCAGUUAGUGAAGAAAAAUGUGUGUGAUAAUCAAUCCAAGAAGUGCUCAACUAUCACAGCAGUUCACAGUAAAGCCCCAUUCAAAACAGAGCCUGAUAGAGUUCCUGUAAGGAGAGGAUCUGCACAGAGAAGGCCAUUCAGUGGGCAUGCCUGUGGAACUGUGCUCAAGAAAGGGUCCAUGGAUCAGCGAGCAACUGCGAGAGGACACGUGGGUGUAACUAUAGCCCGACACCAGACCCUAAGUGGUGGACGUGUCCGGGGUGCUGCAGUCAUGACACCACCUCAUCUUCGCCAGGAGGAGACUGAAAAAAGGGGAGAUAACCCAGUGCAGAGGGAGAAUCAGACUGAGGAGCAGGAUACUGUUGGUGCUCACACAUGUUCCAGAGCAGACCUGGACUCCUGUGAUACUGAAAACAGGGCAGAACUUCAGUCCAGGGGCACUAAGAACAAAGCAGAACUGCAUUCUAGUGAUACUAUUACCACAUCUUUGGUAACCUCCCAGGGACCCUGUGAACCAUGUGGAGAAACAAAGUCUACUCAAAGAUUUGACCUUCUGAGAGAUGGCUCUAAGCUUGUGAUACCAAUCAAAUUCCGGAGAAUGUUUUCUCAUAAUCAUCACUUGAGAAGGAAGCUGUUCACCCAAAAAUUGACUGUCAGAGUGGACACAGCAAGCCACAGGGACAGUUUUCUGGACAAGUUUAACCAGCUGGUAGAAAUUGAAGAAAAAGUGCAGCUUGGGGAAGCUGUGAAUAGGCAAUUGUAUCUUCAUCGGAGUCUUCUAAAACAACUGGACCAGCUGGAACUUAACCAGCUAUCAGCUGCUCUGUCGCACAGAGAUAUACUGAGAAAGAAAAUGGUGCUGGAGAUGAUCCUAAUGACCAACAGGGAGGCUGGGGCAGAGGUAACGCUGCUGGCUCAAGGUGUGGCCAACAAUGACCCAGAUAUCUGUGAGCAGACUGUAGAUUUACCUGUCAGCCUGGGAUACCGGUGUGAUGCCUUGUUGUCAUUAGAUACAGGUUCAGCAGAUGAAAGCUUUGACUACAGGAAAGAGAGGGACCUACUCAAGUACAUCAAACUCCAGCAUUCCAUCAAACUGUUAAACAUACAGAAGACCGUUGUCUCUCAAGUGCUGGAGUUCAUCUUACCAGAACUGGAGCAAACAGCAAGCGAAACACCAGACAGUGCUAUACCUCUGUACCGAGCUGUGUAUGCCUUGCUGAAUCAUCCAGCUGUCCAACUUCCCACAGUUGUCAUGGAGAGCACAGAAGAAUCCUGACCACAAAACAAGCUUUAACCUCU